AUGUCGACCUUAGAAGAUCUCGAUGAUAUGGAGCGCGAUGAGAAGGAGCAAAAGAAGGACAAUGACGACAAGGACAAGAAGCCUCCGUCAAAUGGCGAAUCAAAAGACACCGAGAUGAAAGAUGCUGGGGCCGAGAAGAAGGAUGAGGAAGAAGAAUACAUCGAUGAGGAAAUCCUCCACUCCAGUACCAGAGAUAUCAUCAAUCGGCGGCGGUUGCUCGAGAACGAAAUGAAGAUUCUUAAGAGCGAAUACCAACGGUUGACGCAUGAAGAGACUACGAUGAAGGAUAAAAUCAAGGACAAUUUGGACAAGAUUGAGAACAACCGACAAUUGCCUUACCUCGUUGGCAAUGUCGUCGAACUCCUCGACCUCGAUGUCGAAGCGGAGGCGGCAGAGGAGGGUGCAAAUAUCGAUCUUGACGCCACGAGAGUGGGCAAGUCAGCCGUCAUCAAGACUAGCACUCGACAGACCAUUUUCCUACCGCUCAUCGGCCUUGUGGACCACAACAAACUGAAGCCUAGUGAUCUGAUCGGUGUAAAUAAAGAUUCCUAUCUCGUGCUGGAUACGUUACCGGCCGAGUAUGAUUCAAGAGUCAAGGCUAUGGAGGUUGACGAAAAACCAACGGAGAAAUACUCAGAUGUUGGUGGUCUCGACAAGCAGAUCGGAGAACUUGUCGAGGCUGUCGUUUGGCCCAUGAUGGAGGCUGAGAGAUUCAAGAAGAUUGGCAUCAAGGCUCCCAAGGGCGCUUUGAUGUAUGGUCCUCCAGGCACGGGCAAAACUCUCCUCGCCCGUGCAUGUGCCGCCCAAACGAAUGCCACUUUCCUCAAACUCGCUGGUCCCCAGCUUGUCCAGAUGUUCAUCGGUGACGGUGCCAAACUGGUCCGAGAUUGCUUCGCGUUGGCCAAGGAGAAGGCUCCUUCAAUCAUCUUCAUUGAUGAACUGGACGCUGUCGGCACCAAGCGUUUCGAUUCCGAGAAAAGCGGUGACCGAGAAGUUCAACGAACCAUGUUGGAGCUUCUCAAUCAGCUGGACGGAUUCGCCUCGGACGAAAGAAUCAAGGUUCUAGCCGCUACGAACCGAAUCGACGUCUUGGACCCUGCCCUGCUUCGGUCAGGUCGACUGGAUCGAAAGAUUGAAUUCCCGUUGCCCAAUGAAGAGGCUCGCGCCCAGAUCCUCCGCAUCCAUUCACGAAAGAUGACAAUUGAUGAGGGCAACAUCAAUUGGAGUGAACUGGCCAGAUCGAGUGAAGAUUUUGGAGGUGCAAUGCUCAAGGCCGUGUGCGUCGAAGCUGGCAUGAUCGCCCUUCGUAAAGGACAGAACAAGGUCACACAUGAGGACUAUGUUUCUGCUCUGGUGGAAGUUUCGGCUAAGAAAAAGGAAACGUGA